AUGGGGACGGGGACGGGGAUAGGGGUGGUGGUGGCGGGGCGGCGGGUGCCGGUGCUGGUGCCCGUGCUGGUACUGGCGCUGGGCGCGGCGGUGCGCGGCGGCCCCGGGCCCGUCACCUGCGGCUCCGUGGUGAAGCUGCUCAACGUGCGGCACAACGUCCGCCUGCACUCGCACGACGUGCGCUACGGCUCCGGCAGCGGGCAGCAGUCGGUGACCGGGGUGUCGGCGGCGGAUGACGGGAACAGCUACUGGCGGGUGCGGGGCCGCACGGCGGCCGUCUGCGAGCGGGGUACGCCGGUGCGGUGCGGACAGGCCAUCCGCCUCACCCACCUGGGCACCGGCCGCAACCUCCACAGCCACCGUUUCGCCUCCCCGCUCUCCGGGAACCAGGAGGUGAGUGCUUUUGGGGAGGACGGCGAGGGCGACUACCUGGACGACUGGACGGUGGUCUGCAGCGGGACCUACUGGGCGCGGGACGGCGAGGUGCGCUUCCAGCACGCCUCCACCGACGUCUUCCUCUCGGUGACGGGGGAGCAGUACGGGCGGCCCAUCCACGGGCAGAAGGAGGUGCACGGCAUGGCUGCCUCCAGCCAGAAUAACUACUGGAAGGUGAUGGAGGGCAUCUUCAUGCAGCCCAGCGAGGUCUUCAAAGCAGAGCUUUACCAUGCUGAGUUGUGAUGGACGGACAGACUGCCGCCGAGCCUCUGGGCGCUGCCGUGCGGUGUUUGGGGCCGCUCGACCAGGGGGAUGGCCCCUGUCCCCACCCGGUCUGACACAUGCCAGGAUGCAGAGCCCCAAAUCCAGCACAAAGCAGGUCCCAAUGUCCUGAACUGGAUGCAAAGCAGAUCCCAGGUGUCCCAAGUCUGACACAAAGCAGAUCCCAACGUCCAGACCUGACCCAAACCAGAUCCUAACGUCCAAGAUCCACCACGAAACAGGUCCCCACAUCCUAAAUAUAACCCAAAGCAGAUCCUCAUGUCCGGACCUGACCCAAAGCGGAGCCCAAUGUCUGAGACCCAGCAUGGAGCCGGUCCCCACAUCCCAAAUCCAGCACAAAGCCGAGCCCAACGUCCAGACCUGACCCAGAGCAGAUUCCUGACCUCCCCAAACCUUCCCUUGUAGCUCCCUCCUCUGUCCCCCCGUCCCCUCUGCCCGAGGACCCCCCGAAGGACUGCUGCCCCCCGGGAGCUGUGUCCCGGUACCGACCCCCGCUGUACCCCAAACUGCUCCCCGUGCCCGGCGGGGGCCUGGGGCCAUAAAAGCGCUGAAUCCUC